ACUAAGUGCACUUGAGUGUGGUUUUGGAUAGAACCACGGCGUAGACAGUGCUGGCGGUUUGCAAGAGGCCUGAUGCAGACUAGUUAAAUUGAGUCGCGGCUCUUUUCGAGGCCGGUGAUAAGUUUCCUGCGCUUUAAUAAGGCAGUUAUUUAUCUAUUCAGAAGAAAGCGACGUUGCGACGCCAUGGAGGUGUCCGAGGCUCUGAGUGAAGCCGAGCGGCCGCUACACCGGCCCUUCCUCAUCGGGGUUAGUGGAGGAACCGCCAGCGGAAAGUCCACAGUGUGUGCUAAGAUCAUGGAGUUGCUGGGCCAGAACAAGGUGGACCAUCAUCAGAGGAAAGUGAAGAUUGUAAGCCAGGACAGUUUUUAUCGUGUGCUCACUCCAGAACAGAAAGCAAAAGCUCUCAAAGGCCAAUACAACUUUGACCAUCCAGAUGCAUUCGAUACAGAGUUGAUGUGCCAGACACUGAAGGACAUUGUAGAAGGCAAAGUUGUGGAGAUUCCAACCUAUGACUUUGUCACACAUUCCAGGCUACAGGAGACGAUCUGCGUGUAUCCGGCCGAUGUCGUUCUGUUUGAGGGAAUUCUGGUCUUCUACACGCAAGAAGUCAGAGACAUGUUCCAUAUGAAACUAUUUGUGGAUACAGACUCAGAUGUACGUCUGUCACGCAGAGUUCUUAGAGACAUGAGGAGAGGUCGUGACUUGGAACAGAUCCUUACACAAUAUACCACUUUCGUUAAACCGGCCUUCGAGGAAUUCUGCUUACCAACCAAGAAAUAUGCAGAUGUGAUAAUACCUCGUGGAGUAGACAACAUGGUGGCAAUUAAUUUGAUAGUGCAGCACAUCCAAGACAUCCUAAGCGGCGAUAUCUGCAAGUGGCAGAGAGGAGCCGCUAACGGUCAUCCCCUCGAGAAGACCUUAAAGAGGCACGUGGACGAAGUAAGGGAGAACCCUGAUGGAGGCGGGUCAAAUCUCACAAAACGCCCCCUGCUGGAACCUAGCACACGGCCUCAUUAAUGCCUAAACACACACACACACACGGGAAUGUGUUUAAAACUUGAAGGCUAGAGUGUUUGCAUGCUUCCUAUAACAUAAAUACACACACAUGUACACACAAACACUUUAGCAAGUGUUCUGAUUCAGUAUUUAACUGUACUGUUAAUGAAGAGAUACAGGAAGUGAAUGCGUUGUUUUUUUUAAAAUAUGACAAUUCUGUGAAAAGCUGUAUUCAUAUCAGUGCUUAUACAUAUAUACUGUAUAUAUACAGGGUGUGAUGUGGUAAAAACAGCUGGGGGAUAUUUUAAUUUCAAUUUCUACGUUGAGAUUUUAAUGGCACGUGUUUAUAUCAAAUGCACAGUUCCCAAACUCUCAGCUAACUCUAUUCAAAAUAAUUUUUAAUUAAUACAAAUCAGUUAAUAGGAGGAAAACAUGAUGUAUAAGUAUCAAUGUUACGCCGAGUUUUUAACUAUUCACACGAUAAAACGCCUCAGUACGUCCAAGUUAAGGUUCCUCAGGCCUGGUGCACAAGCCCCGAUUCUGAGUCGUCUGCUGAUUAUGUCGCUCAUCUCCAUCCAGCAGUGUGCCUACUCCGAGGAGUGACCAGUCUUAUCCACAAAGGACAAGUGUGUGUGCUGGUUUUCAUUCCAGUCAAGCAGGAGCUACACCUGAUUCCACCUGUUUAAUCAACUGAUCUUGGUUUCAGAAAUGUGGUUUCUGAUUGGUUGGAAUGAAAACCUGAACCCACACCGGCCCUUUGUAGAUAAGACUGGACAUGCCUGGUCUACUUACUCCUGUGGUGACCGGUUAUUUUAGCAACACGAUCAGUGAAGGGAACUUGGCAUGACCCUAUCAACACUUUUUUUUUUCUUUUUCUUUUUUUGUUGCGUCACAGCUCUUCUGUUUCUUGUCCUGUGAGCAUGGCAUUUGGAGAUCAGGUGCACUGCAGCAAGGAUCUCUUUAGGUGACGGUACAUUGUUGGGUUUGUGCCUCAUUUUACAAGCUAAAAACUGGCACCUCCUGCCAGUUUGCACCCAGUAUAUAUGUGUAUAUGUAUAUACACUCGUAGUUAAAACGGACGUUUAGUCUUAGACUUUCGUUAUCUGUACAAGUCUGUUAUUUCAGAUAUAUUAUUAAAUGUCCAGAUACGAAAGAUGGGUAGGAAGCCUUUAAAACAGGGGUGUCUAAACUUCUUUUUUUUCAGGUGAACGCAAAAUUACACCUCAUCAAAAAUACUACAGCGUCUGUUACAUCCAAAUCUGGAGAACACUGUAGAGGUUACAGCAUCUAUUUCAGGGACCAAAAGUAAUUGGACAAACGAUCAUUAACGGUCAAGCUGUUCACUUUUUGUGAAAGGUUAAGAAUUGACAUCCCACGCGUAAUGGUUUGCAGCUCUUUUUAAAUUCCCAUCCACGCUAUUUGUCUAGAACCAUGAUUAAAUGUUAUUGAUACAUCAAUCAUCCAGUCAGCCAGGCUGCCACCAUUGGGCCCUUGAGCAUGGCCCCCCAACCCUCCCUGCUCCAGGGGCAAUGCAUCAUGGUUAACCCUUUGCUCAGACCCCAACCCUCCCUGCUCCAGGGGCACUGCUUCAUGGCUGACCCUGCACUCUGACCCCAACCCCCAAGGAUGGGAUAUGUGAAGAAAGAAUUCUACUCUGCAGUAAUGUAUAUGUGACAACUAAAGGCUACUUAAAUAAAUAAAUAAAUUCUUGUUGCUGCCCAUGUCAGGUGAAAGGAAAAACUGCAACGUGUUGGCCAGCAACACUCCCAUCAUACAUUCUGAUAGAAGAGCAACAGACCAGUUAACAUCCGUCCACAGGCAUGGUUUAGACUUUGGACACCCCUGGUUUAAUAUAACCUUCUGCUUUAGGUUUUGUCUCAGAGAGAUCUUAUCAGAGUAAUUGACCGGUCUUGCACUUUAUAAGUCAAAGUGUGGAAUAAUGUUUAAAGAUGAAACGUGUACAGCAAUCGUUUAUCUCAAUGAAGCACCUGAAAUUCACCCUAGAUUUAAGCCUCGUACUAUUGAAAUAAUUCUUCACUGUCAAACUAAUGUUAUCGGUUUUAAGGCUGGCUUUAAAGCAACUAUUAUAUAGACUUGAUUUUGUAUUGCCCCUGCAUUCUUUUUAUUAUUUCCUACCGAUCAUAAUGUAGCAGGGACUCUAGAUCUAGGUGUAUCGUUAUCAUUUCCCAGAAGUGUUUAUAAAUGAAGCUGAAUAAGUGAAUAAUCAGUUGUGUUGUCAGUUUUCAUAAAAUGUGAAUAAUUAAAAAACUCAUAAUUCUUUUAAUUUUUUUAAUGUCUGAAGUAUUUUAAAUAAUAAAAUCAUGAUUUUAAAAAAG